AUGACCGCAGCGCCCCAAGGGCUAGAUCUCAGUUUUUUAAACGAGGAGGAAGCCAGGGCGAUUUUUCAUGUGCUGCAAAGGGACUCGGAGCUCCGGCGGGCUGAGAAGGACAGAAUCAGUAAACUUCGGAAGAGAAAGAAGUCUGAAACAGGACUGCCAGGAGUGACUGGAGAAUGGUUUGAAGAAAUAAAAAGAAAUAAAUUUCAGAAUUACACAGAUGUCAAUAGAAUGCUAAAACUACCAUUAGAGCAUCAGCUAAAGAAGAGCAAAACCAUAAAUCAUAAAGAAUUAAAAAUGUCAUCCCGCACAAAUCCUCAAGCACAAAAGAACACUUCAGCUUCCUUUCUGGGGUUCAGAUCACCUUUUGCUUGGCUUUUCUCCUUUAGAAAAUCAAGGAAAAGCCAGACUCAGAAGCAACCACGAUAUGACAUCACUGCUAUCCCAUCUCCGAAAGCGGAAGAAAUGGCAAAGACUGAAAUGUGUAAUUCCCCAAUGUCAGCUGAAACAAGUGGUCAUUCUUUUGAUGCAAACCAAAAUGAAAUGAUGGAGAAAAGUACACAGGAAUGGAAUGAACAGUUAGAGAAGGAGUUUUUCAGUGUUCUGAAUGAUCUGGAUGACCAGCUGGCCCAGGAACAAGCCCAAGAUCCAUUGGACAGGACAGUUUCUACUAACAGUGCAUCAAAUGGCCAAUACAUUAGUGCAUUCCCUACUUCCAAAAGGCAGACUGCUAGUAGGGUGCAACAGAGAAAUGACUGGAGCGACAAGCCUAACACAUUUUUCCCAGAAGGACUGAGAACAAUAAGAGCCAAAGAUGAACAUAAGAUUUUCAUCAGACCAAGGAGAUUGCGCAGUGCAUAUAUAAACUGGCACCAGACAGCCUUCCCAGAAGACUGCAGAUACGGUGAUCCAGUCGAUGGAAAUCCUUAUCUGCUAAGCCGCAGACUGUCUUCUGUUUCUUUUGGACGGUCUUCAGAAGGUAGCUUAUAUCCUCCUUCUGUAGCACAGAAUAGUGGAUUUAGGCACAAGAGUUGUAUGAACAGAGAUAGAGCAGGCAGAAGUUACUCUGUGUCUUCCCUUCGGAGACGUCCAUCAUCAGGAUCUUCUGAGCAGCUGUCAGCAUCUCGUUUACAUCAUCCAUUGGCAGGGGAAAGCAACAAUGGUUUUGUACCAAGGUUUGGUCGACAGAACCCAAAGAGAAUUCCUCUGUCUUCUAUUGUAUGGAACAACACACCAGACCCUCCUGGACAAACAUCAGCUCAAGAAAAAAUGUUUAGAACUCAAUCGUUGAUGGAAUUUCAUGGUGCUGACCAUGGCAGAUGUCCUAGCUCUUUGCAAGAAACCAAGAAAUAUGCGUGUUACCACUCAAAGCACCACUACAGAAGAUCUAUUUCAAGCAGCGGUUGCUUUAGUAGGAUUAGUUGCCCUGACAAAGCUACUUCUCCACUGCCCUUUGAUAAUUGGGAAAAUUAUCCAUUAUACAAAUCAGAAAAUAAUCUCUCUAGAUCCUACUAUAGAGAUAUUUCCUCUCAUGGCAAGUUGUAUGCGAACCAAAAAAAAUCUUCUUAUGGAAGAAAAGACAGCUAUCCUUCUUGGACUGAUAUUCCACAGUACUACAGUGAUGAAGCAUUUAUUUCCCCUGAUGACAGCUUUGAAGUGAUUAUGGCUAAUUUAAAUGACCAACAGUGGGCACAUACAAAGAAUGCCAAGUUUGGUUCACAGUGCCUGCAGAACGAUUUUAAUGUAUAUUCUCCAGAAAAUACAAAGAUUAGAAGGAUGACAGGGAGUGGAGAUAGAACAUUUUCGGAAUUCUCUGAAAGCUGUCAGCCUUGGCAGAGCUGUAACUCUUCAGUUUCUUCAUCUAGUAUCAGAAGUGAUGAGUCAGUCUUUCCUGGUUUGAAGGACCAAAUGAAACCUAUAGGACUAAACAGGAAUUCAGUCAUUGUUACCCAAAGAGAUACUAAGGCAGACUUUACACGACUAGAAAAGGUUGAAGGUACAGAACUGCUGGAUGAGGGAAUGCUGUUACAGCCAGCUUCUCAACAAGCAGAUACAAACUACAGCAUGGGUAGUUUUCCCUCUCACAGCCCUGCUUCUGCCAUGUUGCAAAGCGAUGCAUGUCUCUUUAACACAAUGAGGUCAAAGAGACAAACCCAAGUCACUAACAGAGGAGAAACUGCAAAAAUGUAUACUCCAAAUGGUGAUAGAAGGAACAUACAAAUGAAGGAAAACAAUUUCCCACCUCACAGUCAGCCUCCCUGUAUAUUGCCAGCUGAUAAGAGCAGGAAAGAACCUUUUCUUCCAAGUCAGAAAGGAUGGGAACAUAAUCUGUGUUAUGCAGCAAAACCAGACAAAAUCAAACAGGAUAAUUUGACUGCAGAAGCCAUUAACCAAGCUAUUCCAAAGAGAAAAUCCUCACUGCUCAAUGUCACUUCUGCUCCAUCCACUGAAAAAUUGGCAAGCUGUCAAGGCAUGUUGUCCUGUCCUCCUGAAUGUUCAUCAAGCUCCUCAUAUAGCUCUCUACAAGCACUUUCUCAUAAGGACAAUUCUGAAUAUGGAAAAACAGCUCAAGUGAGCAUAAUAGGUGUUAACAGAGAGAUUUCAGAGAGAACACCGCAAAAUACAAGCACUUUAGUUAGUAAAGACUGUAAUGGACAAUUCACUACUAGUUCUCAAAAUGGAAAUUCUGGAAAUAUUUAUACGCGUAUCUUUGAUGGAGACCCCAAGACCUCUGAACAUAGUUUAAGUUAUUUUUGCCUUGAAAAAGAAAGUGGAAAACUGAGGAGUAAUUCACCUUGCGUUGAAAGGUUUCACAAGCAAGACGGCCCACUAAGACAUAUGAGUAGCUGCAGCAUUACUGGCUCCCCCAGUAGAAAAAGCCUCAAAUCUCCUGACUCACUUGUUAUUUACUAUACUUUGCCUAGAAAAUCCGCUAGCAUUUCUGGUAGUAUUAUGUCAGAUACACCCAUCUCUUUACCUAGAGAAAUGAGAGCAACACAUGAUUGUUUAAGGUCUGAAACGCCACAUAGAGCUGAUGCCUUUUGUUCUCAUCAAAGAGAUGUGUCUUAUUUAGACUCAAAACAUCCUUUUUUAAAAGCAACAUCCUUAAAUGCUGCUGCAGGUAACAAAGGAAAAGAUUACCCCAGUUCUUUUAACAAAAGUCCUAAUGAUUCAGUAAGUAGUAGUACAUCAGUUGAACUGGCAGAUAGAUGCAAACAUCUAAGCAGAAGAGAAUCCUCUGUGUUUUCAGACUGUAAGGAAAGGGGAAAUUUUUUGCAGAAAUACAAAACUACAAGCACAUUUACAGUUUGUGUUGAUGAAGAUAAUGUCAAGUAUCAUGAACUAGUUUCAAUUUAUUACACAUUACCACGGAGACAUUCUAGAACAUUUUGCAGCCUCUUCAGAGAUAAUGCAGAGGAUGCAAAUUUACCUGAUCCCAGAGAAAAUGCUGAGUCCCGAAGAAUACAAAACAAGAAAAAUGAAGGUCAUGUGAGUUUAGGAAAUAUUUUUUUCCCCAGUACUUUGGAAAAAGAGGUGCCUUCAUAUUCUUCUGACCAAGUCUCUUCAGCUCUGGUCACACCUCAGAACACAGGAACUGCUGUUGGUAGUAACAAAGAGAAUUCCCACUUACCUCCUAGCUCUGAGAAGAUAGGGACUUUAAAGUCAGUGAGUAUGGUACAUAAUAGGAAAGACAGUUCAGCAGAUUUUUCAUUAGCAGAAAAUGUGCUUUCUGAUACGGUGACAGAAGAAAUUCCUUUUGGUGGUCCACAAUCCAGUACAGUAGUGGCUAAGUCAGGUAAGGCCAUUUCUGAUGCUUCAAGCAUCAGCCAAGCUUCAAGCCAAAAUACAGAAAUGUGUCUAAAAGAAAAGAAGGAAAUUUUACAAACAGUCCCACCUAUAAUGUCCACUUUGCCAAUCCCUUCCAAGCCAGGCAGAUGUUUAGAGAAACCUUUAUAUUCAACAAAUAAAAAUAUUAUAUGGAAGGGAAACUCUGAAAACAGCUGUCAGCCUCCUAAAGUGAACACCAAUAAAAAUCAGAACAGUUUAGUCCUCCACCCAGGAGAGAAGAGUUCCCUUGGAAGGAAUGGGAACACAGAGCAUGCUGAUGUGCCACGUCCUCCUGUGGGAGACAUGUGCAGGGAUAGUACUGCAUCCAAACAGGGGGUAAAUUUCCUACACCAAACCACCCCUCUGUAUAAUAAUAAAUGUAGCAGACUGCAAUUAAGGGGUGACAGUUCAAGAAAAAAUGCAAACUAUUUAAACUGCUGUAGCAAAAUGCUUUCAGAGUCUCAGAACAAAGCAUCUGAGGUAAUUACGGCUUCCUGUGCUGAUCCAUUACUUCAGCUAGGCAGAGUGGUUAGCACAGAUACAGAUGAAUUAAAGAAUUCAAAAAACAGAAGAGAGCAAAACUUGCAGAGUACUCAUAUAGGUAAAGAUUAUAGUGGUUUGCAGGAAUCAGAGAGGUACACUGAAGGCAACUUGAACAUUAACUGUAAAGAUAAAAUCCUCAGGACUACAACAGAUCAGAGAGUAACACAGAGUGCAGAAGAUGAUAAUAAGCUUAUCUCAGACUGCACAAGAGACAAAGUCAAAGAUAUAGAAAAAAGGAAGAACAGACCUUCAAUUAAAAAUAAACUGGCAGCUGUUUACAAAACAAGUCGAAAAUUUUCAAGUAAAAAUUUACCCCCCAAACCACACAUAAGUAACAUUUUUUCACAGAAUGAUGGAAGUGCCACUUUAGAGGUCAACAUGUCCCUUGACUCAUUAAUUUCAACAGAUGCUCAUCAGCCACUCCUGCAGUUGGACAAUGAAAAUCAGAACCACAGUCUGGACCCUGAUAAGAAUAUACCAAGACCAAGAACAGCUGAGAAUAAGAAGACUGAAAAUCAGAAUGAUCCUUCUUUGCUUGUUAAUAACACCAACUGGAGGUCUCUUACAAGUUCAUAUGCUCAGAAGGAAACCAUAGGUCCCAAAAAACCUAUAGCAAAAGUGGAAAAUAGGCCAAGUCUUACAACCCUAUUUUCAGAUAAAGUGGUAAAAACAAGAAAUAAGAAUUCUGAAACACGUGAUCUCAGGUUAGAAAGCAAAAGCCAGCCCAUCUUUCCCAGUGCUACUACAUCAGACCCACUGGAUGAUGAUAUAAGAAGAGCUAGCAGCCAUGCAUGCAGUCCUCCCUUGCCACUUUUAACAGACAAAAAUUCAAACAUGUAUGUAAAUAACUGCUUGCAGGCAGGUGUGGGUCCAGUGCAAAACUUGACUUCCCAGACAAUGUUUGAUCAGUGUCAAAAUACCUCUCAACCUACUAGCUUAAAAAACGCUAACGUGCACAGCUGUCAGCUGCGCAGGAGUCAUGCCAAAAGUCAGCGUGAGCGUCACCUUUCUGAGGGUGUGUGUCCUCCAGAUUCCAAUGAGACCUUUGCCUCAGGAAGCAAUAUUCUACCCAAAGAUGGUGUACAUGGGAAGAGAUACAAAUCUUACUCAGAGCUGUUGUCUUGUGAUGAAAAUGAAAAUUGGGCAUCAGAUGAUGAAAAAUGUUACAGCAGUAGAAAUUUGAUGUAUCCUUCUGUUGAAUUUGGUAUAUUUGGCAAAGAGCAACAGUUAGCUUUCCUGGAAAAUAUCAAGAGGUCACUCACAGAAGGGAGAUUAUGGAGACCUUGUCUUCUUAAUAACCCUGGUGCUCUCAAAGAUGGAGAGCCCCCAUCUAUAAACAGGGCUGAGCUUUUGAGCUCAAGUUCCACUGGGAGCAAAAUGUCAUCAGCUGCUUCGUCCCCCCGAGAGCUGACUGAUACCUAUCAGGAAUACCCAGCAGCUUAUUCAGACUCAGACAGUGAUACCACCACUGAUGAUGAAUACUACCUGGAUGAGAUAGAUAAAGAAUCGGAGCUAUGA